CCGCAAAGGCAUCUGCUGUCCUGACUUUUAUGUUAAUCACAACCUGGCUUCUCUUCUUAGUUUUACCAUCUAAACUUGCAUCCCUUCUACAGCUUAGUUUUGCCUAUUUUUUGAGCUUUCUAGAAAUGGAAUCAUAUAGUAUGUGCUUUUUGGGGUCUGGCUUCUUCUUUCAUUCAACAUUUGAAUUGUUGCCCACAAUUACGGAGUGAACGCAGGGUGGGAACGGGCUGGAAUGCCCAUCUUUUAGAGGAUCAAAUUAAUCCACUGAGUUCUUUGGGGGACCUUAGAAUCAUAACGAGAUACAUGAAAUAUUUAAGAACUCUAGCGGUUGGUACCCCAUCCUCCCAAGAGGAGAAAUCACUGUGCUGUUUAUGCCAUUCUAGAAAGAAACACUUGUGCUGGUCCCAUUUCCAGGGAUGCUACCAGAGCUCAAGGCUUUCAGCCAGUCCUGCCCAGAAGUGCCACUUGCAGAGGCAGGAGUUGAUGAAGUAUUUCAAGCUGAUGGAGUGGGUUUGCUAGAAAACGCCUUAGAGUUAAAACCCUUCAUGUGGCCUUUGUAAAUAUGCGUUUGAGACAGAGAGAGGUUAUGUAGCAGCUGAAAAAAAUGCCUGGAAGAUUUCUGUCCCUCCUCUUCCUGCCCAUUUUCAUCUCUGCCUGAUUCGGAUGAUGUGAUAUUCGGAGAGACAGCUUCAUCGAAGUCGUCCUUCAAGGAGACCCGUCUGGCCCAAGACUGGACGUACAGAGUUCAGGAUGGCCGGUCAGCCGCCAGAGGAUGCCGCUGAGUCUCAGGUCUCGGACGAGCUGGAGUGUAAGAUCUGUUACAGCCGGUACAACCUGAGACAGAGGAAACCCAAAGUGCUGGAGUGCUGUCACAGGGUGUGUGCCAAAUGCCUCUACAAGAUCAUAGACUUCGGGGACUCCCCGCGCGGCGUCAUCGUCUGCCCUUUCUGCAGGUUCGAGACGUGCCUGCCGGACGAUGAAGUCAGCAGCCUGCCCGAUGACAACAACAUCCUGGUGAACUUGACUUGUGGCGGCAAAGGCAAGAAGUGCCUGCCCGAGAACCCCACCGAGUUGCUGCUGACCCCCAAGCGGCUGGCCUCGCUGGUCAGCCCUUCCCACGCGUCCUCCAACUGCCUGGUCAUCACGAUCAUGGAGGUGCAGAGGGAGAGCUCACCGUCGCUCAGCUCCACGCCCGUGGUCGAGUUCUACAGGCCCUCCAGCUUCGACUCCGCGACCACCGUGUCGCACAACUGGACCGUGUGGAACUGCACGUCCCUGCUCUUUCAGACGUCCAUCCGGGUGUUGGUGUGGCUGCUAGGCUUGCUGUACUUCAGCUCCUUGCCCUUGGGCAUCUACUUACUGGUGUCCAAGAAGGUCACCCUCGGGGUGGUCUUCGUCAGCCUCGUCCCUUCCAGCCUCGUCAUCCUGAUGGUAUACGGCUUCUGCCAGUGCGUCUGUCACGAAUUCCUGGACUGUUUGGCACCGUCCUCUUAACCGAGACGCACGCUCAGAAUUUGACACACGUUGCCAUGUUUCAAGUUAGGUCAUUUAGCCCGUCUUUUCUCGCGUAUUCUCUGUGAUCGGUGCCCAUGGCGUGAACAAAGCCACUGGGCAUAUAUUUGUGGUCCGUUUUCCAUCAAAAUGUUGACUCCGCUGGUUCCCCUGUAUGCUGGAAGUAAAAAUGUUCGUUGCUACUUAUGUGUUAGCAAAAAA